AUGCCAGAACCAUCCCCGCUUAUCAAACAUCUCUACACGGCAGACCCCUCCGCCCAUGUGUUCAAUGGCAAAUUGUAUAUUUACCCUUCCCACGACCGUGAAACGGAUAUCGCGUUCAACGACAAUGGCGAUCAAUACGACAUGACCGAUUACCAUGUCUUCUCCAUGGAUUCACUCGACGGCCCAGUGACAGACCACGGCAUCGCACUGUCUGCGCACGACGUCCCCUGGGUCUCGAAGCAGAUGUGGGCUCCGGACGCGGCGUGCAAGAAUGGCAAAUAUUAUCUAUUCUUCCUGCGCGGGACAAGCAGGGCAUUUUCCGCAUUGGUGUUGCAGUGUCGACAGCUCCGGAAGGUCCAUCCGGCGGUGUUCGUGGAUGGCGAUGAUGGAGAGAAGGCGUAUUUGUACUUUGGGGGGUUGUGGGGUGGACAGCUGCAGUGCUGGAAGAACCAAGGGGGGACUGAUAAUGGGAUGAAUGGACUUGUGUUCGAUGCGAGUCUGACGGGCCCUCAUGAGCCGUCCGGGGAUGGGGUGUUGGCCCUUGGUCCGCGGGUUGCGCAGCUUGCGGAGGAUAUGUUGAGCUUUCUUGGCCCGCCGCGCGAGUUGGAGAUUUUGACGGAAUCGGGAGAGCCCAUCCGGGCCGAUGAUCAUGAGAGACGGUUCUUUGAGGCGGCGUGGAUGCAUCGGUAUCGUGGAAAGUAUUACUUUUCCUAUUCAACGGGAGACUCGCAUUAUCUGGUCUAUGCUACGGGCGAUUCCCCGUUCGGUCCGUUCAUCUACCAAGGUCGGAUUCUGGAGCCGGUGUUGGGCUGGACGACGCACCAUUCUAUCGUGGAGUUCCAGGACAAGUGGUACUUAUUCUAUCACGAUUGUGAACUCUCCGGGGGUGUGGAUCAUUUAAGGUCUGUGAAGGUGCGAGAGAUACUCUAUGAUGAGGAGGGGAGAAUUAGCCUGGCUUGA